UAAUAUUUUGGAUUAACUUUAAACGCGUUUAUUUCUCAUAAAUAGGAAAUAAGAGCCGUUUCUGCAGUUUGUCUCACCGUUAAACCGGAAGUUGUUGUUAGCUUGUUGUCAGUGAGAGAGGCUGCAAAUGGAAGUUUUUAGGAGUUCGUAGAUGAGAAUAGAAGUUGGAGGAAUAAGACACUUGUUCACUAUGAGCUCAGCAGCUGAGGACAGAGAGCCUGGGAUUCCCAUGGAUCAUUCAAAAGAAGAUCUUGGUGGAGCCGCAAACACAGGAGAUUACAGCAAACAUGAUAUGACGGUUUGUUUGGGCAACAGCGAAGUGAAAAGCAGUGCUGUGGUCAAGUACUCUGCUGCCCCGCCUCCAACCACCUAUGCCCUCCUGCAGGAGAAAACAGACCUAAAGCUGCCACCUGCCAACUGGCUGAGAGAAAACUCCAAGCUGGGCAGUGCUGGCACCACUGUGUUAGGCUCCAGUAGCAGGAGCAAACCUUUCUCCAGUUUUGGGAUGGCCUAUGACUUCAUUGAUUGCAUAGGGGAUGACGUGGAUGUCGUAUCAGAUUCUGAAAACAUCAAAAAACUUCUGAAAAUCCCCUACAGUAAGUCCCAUGUUAGUAUGGCUGUUCACCGUGUGGGAAGGACAUUGCUUCUGGAUGAGCUGGAUACUCAGGAACUCUUAAGGAGAUCCUCACAGACUGGAGAUUGGACAUGGCUCAAAGAGAUUUACCAGCGUCUAAUAGAUCAAAAAUGGCAGAGAAAGAAGAAGAGCAAAGAACACUGGUAUCAGAAAGCCAUCCUGUCAAAGUUCCUCUACUAUAGUAUAAAUGGUGAUGGGGCAGCAGAUCCAGUAACAGAAGACAUGAUUAAAGAUGACGAAGAGAAUGGAGCCGAGGAGUACAGCUCCUCUUGGCCUGCUACUUUCACCAGCACAAUGUCUGAAGCAGAGGAAACAGAUGCUCCCAAACAGGAAAAUGUUCCAGAGGAUGGCAACUUUGCUUUAGGUCAGGUGACUUCAGUGGGUUCAACUGAGCAGAACCUUCCUACUCUCUUCAAUGAAGGGGAGAACAGUCAGGGUUUAAGGAACGACUUUGUGCGAAACAUCAUGUGGACGUUUGAGGAUAUCCACAUGCUGGUUGGAUCCAACAUGCCUAUUUUUGGAGGGGGUCGAUAUCCUGCUGUCAGUCUGAGAUUAAGGGACAGCAACAAACCAAUUAACAUUUUAACCGGUAUCGAUUACUGGCUCGACAACCUGAUGUGCAACGUUCCAGAGCUUGUCAUGUGUUUUCACGUCAAUGGCAUUGUUCAGAAAUACGAAAUGAUAAAAACGGAAGACAUCCCUCAUCUGGAGAACUGUACUUUCUCUACCAGAGUAGUAAAAGACAUUGCCCAAAAUAUCCUCUCCUUCUUGAAGUCCAACUGUACUAAAGAGGGUCACACCUACUGGCUCUUCAAAGCUAGUGGGAGUGACAUUGUAAAGCUUUAUGAUCUUACUACCUUGUGUGAAGAGGCUGAAGAAGAGAAAUAUCAGAAUCCCUUUACUCUUCCUGUGGCUGUUUUACUGUACAAAGUGGCUAGUAACCUGAUGCUGAAAGCGUGUCAGAACAGAAAACACUAUGGAAAAAUCAGAACUCUGCUCUUAAACUGCGUCAAACUUCUUGAUCCAGAGACGCAUCCUCAGAUCAUUGCCUCAGCCUACUAUAUGCUGUCAGAGCUGUUCCAGCUCGACGAGCUUCCCGACGAAGAUGGGGGCGAGUCGCUGCGGGCCGGUGGCUCCGAAGACAGCUACAGUGAUGAGGACAGGGAGGAAGAGGAUGGUGAGGAGGAUGAUUUGACAGAGGACGGCGAAGAGAUUGGAUCUUAUAGCAACUGUGGCAGGCCUCAGGACGAUAGCAAAGCUGUGGCCGUGAUCCGCUCUGUCGGGGAGCUUUCAGUACCUGAGAAAUACAAAUCAACUCACCAAAUUAGACCAAGCUGUGCUUUUCCUGUUUCUCAAGACAAAGAGGAGCGAUGCAGACACGUCCUAAGCUACGUACUGAAGGGGUUAAAAGCAGUAGAUGGCAGCAUCAAGAAGGAAAGCGAUCUACCAGCUGCAGAUCCAAACACUCCCAUCCCGCUGAAAUAUGAGGAUGGAGCUGCCAACGGAGCAGCGGAGAAAGGCAUCUCUCUUCUUCUUGAGAAAGCAGGGUCAGGGCAGGUGGACCAGAAGCACCCGACACGCUCUGGAAUGAUCCCAGGCUCCUGGCAGCAUCGUAUGAAGCUGGAGCUCUUCCUUAAAGCCUCCAAGGCGUACUACGUCCUGUCUGACGCAGCCACAAACCUGCUGAAGUACGGCAGAGCCCUGCGCUACAUCAAGCUCUCACUGCAGUGUUAUGAUGCUUACUGUUCUGUAAGUGAAACACUGCACCCACAUGUGCUCCAGUUUCACAGCCAGUGCCUGUCCCUGUGUGGAGAUAUUCAGCUCAUGCUGGCCCAGAACGCCAGCAACAGGGCAGCUUAUCUGGAGGAAUAUAGCUACCAGACUAAAGAGGACCAGGAGAUCCUGCACAGUCUGCACAGAGAGAGCAGCUGCCAAGACUUCAGUAUGGCAACAGAUCUGGCCAUGGACCCUGAGUACCAGCUGUUUGUUAGCUGUCGAUGCUAUGAAGCGGCGCAUGAACUGCUUACAUCUGAGGUCUUGAAAGAUCAAUCCUCUGACCAGCUGUCCCAGGUCCUUAAACGGCUGGGAAAUAUCCGCAACGAGAUGGGCGUCUAUUACAUGAACCAGGCAGCAGCCAUGCAGACUGAAAAACAAGCGAAAAAGUCAGUGUCUGCAGCAGAGCAGGAUCUGUGGAAGAAGAGUUUUGGCUUCUUUGAGAAGGGAAUGAAGGACUUUGAAAGCAUCAGGGACAGCACCAACACGGCCUUACUGCUGUGUAAUACGGGCAGGCUGAUGAGGAUUUGCGCUCAGGCUCAUUGUCCUGCGUCCGCCGACGAGAGCAGAGGGGAGUUCUCUCCUGAGGAGGCCCUUUACUACAACAAGGCCAUAGACUAUUACUUACAAGCUCUGAGGGCAUUAGGCAGCAGAAAGAGCCAUCCAGCUGUAUGGGACAGUGUAAACUGGGAGCUGUCCACCACCUAUUUCACCCUUGCUACGCUUCUGCAGGACUACGCUCCACUAUCCAGGAAAGCCCAGGAACAGAUUGAACGAGAGGUGACAGACGCAAUGAUGAAGUCCUUAAAAUACUGCGACCUGCAAACAGAGACCGCCCGGCAGCCCCUUUACCAGUACAGAGCUGCAACCAUCCACCACCGCUUGGCCUCCAUGUACCACAGCUGCUUCCGAAACCAAGUGGGGGAUGAACACUUAAGGAAGCAACAUCGCAGCCUAGCUGAGCUUCAUUACAGCAAAGCUGUCUCUUUAUUCCUCAGCCUCAAAGAUGCUCCAUGUGAGCUACUGCGCACACUGCUGGAGAGGGUGGCCUUCACUGAGUUUACCAUGGCAGGUCAGAGCAGCAGCGUGGCUAAGUUGAAGAGCCUGAUUGGAGCAAUAGAGAUCAUGUCAGAAACCCGCCAUGCUUUCCAGCUAAUCCAUAAGGAGCUGUUGGAAGAGCAGACAGAACAGAUUGAACCAUCUGCUGCUGAUUCAGUGGGCUCUCCCAAUAAGAGCAGCGGCUCCUCAUCUGGAUUGGACCUCCAGGAAGUGUUGAAGUUAAUUGGUGUGUUUGAGCCAAGUUUCUCCUUCCUGCUGUUUCAAGUAAUCAAACUGAUGACGACAACCAAGCGGAAACCAAGCAACAAAGACGAGGACAUGUUAAAAAACUAUAAGAUUGUCUACUCCAAGUUGCUGCGCGCUGACAAAAACGCACCACUCCUCAGUCGCGUAGAGCUCUACAUCGAGGUCCUGCAGGAGCUGACCACUUUAACAGGAAGUGAAAACACAGCAACUAAUAAGGCUUGAAAAACCAGAGGAGCAGCUGAGUUUUCUGUGCAGCAAGUCUGCACCCAGAGGUUAUGGGUUCCUCGAUUAAAGGCCUUUUCAACUCAGAUUACACCAAGCAUCCACGUCAUGUCCAGAGAGAAAAAAACCUCUGAUACGUCAUUACAAAACGUUUUCUGCUUUUAAGUAGUUAAGAAAUUUCAGUCCAUGUCUGCCAUUUAGGUUAGAAUAUAAACUCUUCAGUUUUUCACAUAUGCACCAUUUUUAGAUAUUUAAAAAGUAGAGCUCUGAUUAUAUAAACAGAUUACACACAGAGUAAUAUCAUUUAAUCAUAUUUAUUUCUGUUCUUUAUGAGGUGUUGAAAAGCUAAACUUCUGUUUUAUUUAAUGCAGAACUUUCAGCCUACCGUCUAUUUUAGGACCAUGUGCUCUACAGUAUGUGCCUUUAUUGUUUGAUCUGGGCUGAAUUAUUCCUAAAUGACGGCAUUGAUGCAGAGUUGCAUGUGGGAGAUCAGCAUGUGGCUCUGCUGAUUUGUUUUUGCCUAUUUUGCUUCAACAGAGACCUCAGCAUACGAUCAUGUUGUCAGUUAUUUGCAACAUUAAACCAGGGAUUAUUAUUUUGGGCAGUGUGUCCAGUUGCAAAGCCCUGCUGGAGAAUGAAAUCAACAUCUCUAUAAAACCAGUUACAAAGAAACAGGAGUGAACAAAUUGGAGCAACACCAGGAGAUGACCUCGCUGACUCGAUUCUCCACACUGAACCCCAAUUAACGACCGUCUUUCCUGUGGGUUAUUAAAAAAAAAAAAGAUUUACAUUAGCUGUGUGACACACAUUGAAAUGGUUUUAGAUGCAUCGCUCUGGCUGUAAUUGGUCUUUCCAUUGUGUGACCUUCACUUCUAGAAUUGAAAUUCUGAGCCAUAAUGUAUGCAGAUAUUGAAUUAACAGAGUAGUUUUAGUGUAUACUUUCAGAUCUGCAAAUGUAGAUAUAUUUUCCAAUCCUUAUUAAAGCAAAAAGAAAUUCUUCAAUGUUCGCAAUAGUUUGCCUGCUGUCACCAAACUGAAGAUUUUUGCUAAAGAUUGAAAUACAGUGGGUUAUUUAUCAUACAAAGAGUGUCAAAUGAGUUAUUUGAUAAUAACCAAAAGCUGUCAUGCUGACAAAUAUGAGUCAUCAAACCUGAUUUCAGCUCAAUAACAAUUCUUUCUGCUAUAGCCUUCUGCUCAUGCCUUUGUGUUCUGAAGAGAAUUCUAGUAUCUGUAAUUCACAGCUUUAUGGCGUCAGAU